UGCAGGCUGCUUUGAUAGUCCAUAAUUCUGGCUCUCGUAUCAUCCAAAUAGUGGAGCUGUGUGGAGUCGCGUGCCUGAGUCGUGGACUCCGGGCUCACUCAGUGCUCUUUACUCCUCAGGACAGGCAGCAGGACUCUGCGCAACGGCGCCAUCCAGCAGCACGCCGAGAGCGCGCGCAGGACUUUAACGCAGCAGGGGGAGAGAGGAGAGCACGCGGGGACGCAGGACGCGGGACGCAGGACUACAUCCAGCCAAAGAUGAACACGAUCGUGUUCAACAAACUGAGCAGCCAGGUCCUGCUCGAGGACAAGGCCAACGAGGUGGAGAGGAGCAGCAGGAAUUAUCUGGAGGUUCUCGAUGGACCGCACGCGGACAUCCUGAGCAGCAGCCAGGGCAUGAAGGACAGCUCAGCGCUGAGGCACCGGAGACCUGGGUCCAGGCAGGGUGCUGGUAAGGUUCGUCAUAAGCGGCAGGCGCUGCAGGACAUGGCCCGGCCCCUGAAGCAGUGGCUCUACAAACACCGGGACAAUCCGUACCCAACCAAAACAGAGAAGAUUCUUCUCGCACUCGGCUCCCAGAUGACCCUAGUGCAGGUGUCUAACUGGUUUGCAAAUGCCCGACGGAGGUUGAAGAACACGGUACGGCAGCCGGACCUCAGCUGGGCUCUCAGGAUUAAACUCUAUAAUAAAUAUGUACAGGGCAAUGCUGAGAGGCUCAGCAUCAGCAGUGAUGACUCCUGCUCAGAAGAUGGUGACCCAGCUGCUCGGACCCAGCCGGGUGAGUUCAGUAAGCCCAUGUAUCAGAGUGUCAUCAAAAAAGAAGGUGGUGGUAUGGGGGCAGGGCUCCGGGCAUCCGCAGAUGCCUCAUUGGCUGAGGACUAUGUGUCUCCACCCAAGUACAAGAGCAGCCUGCUUCACCGUUACCUGAACGACUCACUGCGUCAUGUGAUGGUGACCAAUGCGGUGAUGGAUGCCCGGAGGAGGAACCACUCGGGCUCCUUCAGCUCCAAUGAAUACGAUGAGGACCUCCUAUCCCCAUCAUCUUCAGAAACAGAGGCCAACUUCGUGUACCGGACGGAGCCUGUGGAUCAUGGAUCAAGUAAAUGUGACAGGUUGUGUGUAUGUGUCUACAACAGCAUCAUGCCGAAGGAGAAAGGACGUGGUAAAGACGAGACGUACUGGCGAGAGAUCAAUGCAGCCAUGGCUCUCACAAACCUGGCCCAGCCCAAGGACGGUGCCCCCUCUGGCACCACAAGCUGCAUCAUCCAGAAAUCCUCCCACAUAGCCGAAAUCAAGACUGUCAAAGUGCCUAUCCUGCACAAAUACUAGCACCCCUGUCACAUGAAAAAGAAGAUUUUCCCCCUCUUUUCCUUUUGGAAUUUGCUUCUUUGGUUUUGUUUAUAUUUUGUGGUACUUAUGAAGUAGCAAUAUAAGAUUUUAGUUUUUUUUUAUUUUGUAUUUGAAGAGUCGUUAAAGUGUCCAGAAAUGCAGCACUUCUUGUGUUUUUAGGUUUGUGCCUGUUUUUGACGCACAAGCGCUUUGAUAAGUCUUGAUGAGUGAUGGUGACGACAGUAUUGCAGAACAAGACACUUUUGCAAUGUUAACUUAUUUUGAUACUUUCUUUUUGUACUCUGAAAUUUCUAUUGUGCCGUGCCAAAGUGCCUUCUCAUACACUACAAACAGAGAGAAACGCGUGCCUUUGAGUAGAGGUGUUUGUCACAUAUGAAAUUCAGUUCCUGGAGGGUCUGCAAAAAUUCUUCAAAUUACUCUUGAGGUUCUUGAGGUUGGCUCAUUUCAUAUAUAGUGUUUUUCCAAUACUAAUUUUGAAUCGAAUUGGAAUAAUAUGUUCUAGAAAACCUCCAGCUGGUUAGAGACAGUGUAAUAGACCUGUGGCUCUAUGAAUUUUGCCAGCAAUGAUAAAAGAAUCACACUAAAUAUAUAAAUCAAUUAGUAAUUAGCUUAGUAAGGUUUCCUUUCAUGUCCCUACUUCACCCAUGAAUGUUUCCUCAAGUACUGCCCUGGCCAUGAUAAGCUAUCAAACGAGCUGUUCUGGGAUAUUUUUUUUCAGCAAUGUUUUAGCAACCUUUCAAGGAACUUCACUGUCCAACUAGCUGAUAUACUUCUUCCAGAGAUUUGAAGCAAUUACAUAUAUACAUUUUUGGAAGGGUAAGAGCUUUGUACUCAGCAGUUAAGUUUGCUAACUCGGUAGGUAGUAAUUCAGUUUGUCAUGAAUUGACGCUUAGUCAUGUUGGACUUGGCUAGCUAGCAGAAGUUAGCUGAAUGUGAUCUUCCUUGGAAGUUAAGUAGAUAUGCCUUAGACUCAGCAUUUCUUGUUAAGUGCCUGAAAAUUGUAGUAAAUUACAUAAGUAGUCUACUGCUCUACAAUAUAUACUCUUCUAAGAGGUGUUGGUCAGCAAUAACUUAAAAUGUAGCUUAAUUAGCUUACCUAAGAGAGCAGGGCACUUCAGCUCAACCAUUCCAUACAAUCUGUGUUUCCUAACAUUUAGGACAUUUUGGAGGAAUGUAUCCAACACAGAAUCACGUUUCUGAUGGGCGCUGAGCUAGGUAGAAGUAGUAGUAGUAAAGUGACUCUCUGGAAUUAUGUAGGGGUGGGCAAUAUGGCGAUAUGUAUCAUUUAUCAUGAUAGAUUAUAUCACAGGCUUUUUCUGAACAUAUUGAUAAUAUUGUCAGUACUUAACAAACAUGAACAUUAAAAUGAGAUCAUUAUAAGUCUUCAGUUGAAUUUGGGACAGUGCAGGAUGUAAAACAUUCAAAUUUAUUGUAUUCUUAUGUUUUUCAUGGGUCAGUAGUGGGGCUUUUUUCUGUUCCAACCUAUCAAACCUCAGAAAAUCAAAAUAUUGUGCUAUGUCUUGUAUAUUUUGACAGUUUCAAGGAUUGUGAUGUAAUAUUUUAGCCAAUCCCACCUCCCCCCAACCCACCCUCCCACCUGUGAUAUUAUCAUGAAUGUUAGAAUGUCUCCCAAAAAAACUAUUACUCAAGCCCUUUUUGCAGUACAUAACAUGAUCCAGUGCAUGUCCAUUAGCUGAUUUUUGGCAAUGUUCCAUAAACCUGUUGCACCACAAUGGUUUGUAUUAUGGUCCAGCAGUCUACAGUGUAAGGUUUAAGUUGUUAAUCAAAGUAACAUUGAUGCUUUAUUACUUGGCGUAACAUUUCGUGUGUAAACUUGAACGUAUGCUCGAGUUUGGCUACAAAAUAAUGCAAGUAGGUACAGGUCUUUGUUGUGCCUGGGUCUUCAUGUUUUCUAGCAGAUAAGAUUUUCAAACACUACAGGAUCCAGCUCAAACAGGUCUAUGUGAAAGCACCUUAAGUGCCUUUUUGUGCUACAACAGUGUAAAAGAAAAGAAAAUCUCCACAUGCAGAAACACUGAGGAGUGCAAGCAAGUAACACCUGUCCUCAGGCUCUCUUAGCUCUUUACUGUGAACAAGGAACAUACGAAAGGCCUUAAACUCCCUGGGUCAGGAAGACGUGUGGACACGCACAUGCACACGUACUCACAAACAUGUAAGGCAAACAGCAGUUCACAUGUUUUGUCUUAAUCUUGUUUGUGACUGCGAUUAUAAUGCUGUUUUGUCUCUUUGACAGAUAAUUUACUCAUCACCUGCCAACAAUAGCUGUGAAAGUCCAGCCAGCCAGCAUUAGCUGUUUAAUAUGGUGCUGUCACGCCCUAAAAUGACCCUCACUCUGACACAUACAGUACAGUUUUAUUCCACUCACAAAAGAUAACAUGUAUAAACACACACGUAGAGUUUCAAGGUUUGAGAUAAUAUCUUUUUUAAGACAAAGAAAGCCAUGACCUAAAGGGACACUUACCCUGUUAUCAGUAUUAUAUUGUGAUUAAAGUGUUGUAUUCUCUUGCAAAUCUGCUCAGUAUCAGGCUCAGUGGAGAAAAAAAGAAAAAAAACUUGGCCCACCUUCUACAGUCUCUCAGCUGGUGCGAAUUAAACUCAAAUAGUUGUUUACAAGAAGUAAGAGAGACACUUCCAUGUUUUGUGAAAAAAAGAAGAAACACCGUUUCAGUAUUAUCUCAGUCUCUGUUUCUGCUUCAGUGCAAGUUUUCAGUUUUGUUUUGUUUUUCUUUGUGCAUUUGUUCUGCGGUUUGUCUGUUUCAAACCUCACUGUGUCUUCCAGUGUUGUUUUGCCUUGAAUGGAAAUACUCUCAUUAUUUCUAAAUUAAGUAUGUGUAUCAGGGUUUUUUUAUUUACACUAAACCCAAGUAUACAACUCCAAGAGAUGAAGGGCCACUUUUUAAAGAGAGCAGUUUAAGAUUACUGCAUGUAUACCUUAAAAGUACUGUUGCGUGUCAAUAUGAAGACUUUUUAAAUUCUUUGUGCCUUCUGGCCUUUUGUUUUUCAGACUUCACUUGCUCAUAGUGAGAAAGGCCAAAGAGACUUACGUGGAAAAGCUGCAGGCACUUAGUCUCAGAUACUUAGCAUUUAGUGCCAAAAGGGGUUCUUUGGAGCAGUGCCAUAGAAGAACCACUUUUGAUUUCCUAAAGAACCUUUCAAUUGAAUUGUUUUUUAAAGAGCCAUCUACUGAAAGGAUCUACAGGCCAAUGGUUCUCAGGCCAGAUUUCAGGGUUCUCCAGACAGCACUCACAUGGAGACAGAGCAAAAAUGUGGACCAUCUGGUGGAUCGGUUCAAGAAACACUACUUUUGGGAACUGGGACUGCGUUGCCCCAGCCAUGCAUAAGUUUAUAGUUAGGUUUGUGUAUAAAGUCUUUACUAAGUCUUUGGUUAAUGCUUGUUAGUUUCAAACUAUCCUUUUUACUAAAUUUGGUUGCACUACAAAUCCUUAUGUCAUGUCUUAACUAGUAGCAACUGACUAAGAUGACUAAUAGCAACUAACCCUGGAAUCACAUGGUCUAUGGCAUCCAAAGAAUCCCUUUUGGAACCUUUAUUUCAAAGAGUGUACUCUCCUUUCACAGCCUGAAAACCGACCUACCACCUUGUUCAACAACACUAUAGCAGUCACGUUGAAUACAUGCAUUUGCUGUUGCAUACAGAUAGUAAAAUACCUUUCCAGUCAAUUCACCGAUGCUGUUGAGAAGAGCGUGCAUCAUGUCUGAAUCAGUAAGGAAAGUCUGGAGUCAUACAUUCCCUUUUCUUAUUCAUGAUGCUUCAGUGCUGCAUAUCUUCCAUGAACUUUACAGAGAAAGGUGAGAGGAAGAUGUCACAAGCGUCUGAAGAAACCUGUCACCAAGAGUGAAUCAUUUUUAAGCCUGAAUCUUUCAUUUGCCUAUUUUUGUACUGUAUUUUUGUUCAUUUUAAUUAUUCCCCUGGACAACAUCUGCUUUCAAAAGACGUUGACAGACAAAAAGCAAUUAUUGUGUUCAUACUGCAGAACAUCUUUAAAUUAUUAAGGACUGUAAAAACAGAAACUGGUGACAUUAGCCUGAUUUUUUUUUCUUAAAUUGUUAAGUUAUAUUAAUUUUUUUUGUUUCUUUUAGAGACUGGAUGUUUAUCCAAUGACUAAAAGCAUAAUAUCUCAUUUAUUCUCUGAUUCUCUAUUGUUAAUUUCUUUUCCAGGAACUAUGUUUACUUCCCACAGAACAUUGAAUAAACAUUUGAAGAUGUGACAUUAGUCAUAUCACUUUUA